UGAUUUUGCAUUUCCGGGAGGACUGUUUUGUUUUACUAACAGUUCUCCUCCCUGUCAGCUUGGACACACUGCUUUGGAUGGCCAUCCAAAGCAAUGUGAUUAUAGUGAAGCACACUGACACUGCCCCCUAGUAAAACACUCCCAGCACACAGUUAACCCUUUGAUUGCCCCUCAUGUUAACCCGUUCCUGCCCGGUGCCAUUAGUACAGUGUCAGUGGGGUUUUUUUUUAGCACUGAUCACUGUAUUGGUGUCACUGGGGAUGUCAGUGACACCAAGUCAGUUCCCCCCAGUGUCAGAAUGCCCGCUGCAGUCCUGCUAU